AUGUCUCAAUCUGAAGGAAGUUCAUUUUAUACAACCGUUGACGUUGAAACUAAACUUGUUUCUGUUUAUACACCAUUGAUUUAUGGAUCUUUGUUGAUUUUGUCAUUGAUUAUAUUUGGUUCUCAGUAUAGAAAGAAACAGAUCAAGGAAUUGAGUGAGCUUAAGUCUAUUUUUGAUGAGAAUGAAGCAAGAGAUUUAUAUUAUGAAUUGAAGUCGAAACGUGAGGAAGAUAAUAUACAUGAGAAGGUUAUUAAGGCAGCUUUGUUGAAUAGAGGUGCUGAGGCUGUGAGACGUUCUAUCAAGUUGAAGGAGUUGUCUACUCAAAUUGAAAUUAUCUAUAAAAACGGUGGAAUUGGUGAUGAUUAUUGGAAACGUUUCCAAAAUGAAGUGAAGUUAGUGGAUUUGGAGUUCAAGGAAACUUUACAAGAGGCAGAGAUGUUGCAGCCAGGUUGGGUUCAACUGUUUGUGGCGUUGUCAAAGGAAAUCUGUUUUAACCAAGCUCUUUCCAGACGUUACGACUCGAUCGCUAGACGUACUGAAACCUGCAUUAAAGAAUGGAACUUGAAAUUAGAUGAUAAUGGAAGAUUGAUAGAGUAA